AUUCACGCGAGUUUUAUUAGUAUCAAAAGCGAACACGAGAGUUCAUGCUAGUUACCUCCUUUCUGAAGGUGAAGCUGUGAGAUAUCGCGUACCGUCGGCCUUCGUACAAUUUAUUCAGAAGAUGUCGACCGUGUCUGCUGCCAGCGUGGAGUCUGCUGUGAUUGAGGUCCCUGAGAAGAAGCCACUAAAACCAUGCUGUGCUUGCCCAGAGACAAAGAAAGUAAGGGAUGCUUGCAUCAUUGAGAAAGGAGAAGAAAGCUGUGCAGUCCUGAUUGAGGCGCACAAAGAUUGCAUGAGGGCACUUGGAUUCAAGAUUUAACUGCUCCAUUUUGUCUGUGUGUGUGUUGCUGUGCAAGACGACCCUGGGUGUUCCCUGCUUAUUUAUACCUCAACUGUAAGGGAAAUGUGACGAUGCACUUCGGCUCUGAUAGGGUGAUCUUUCUGUGAAAUUGUUUUUUUUUUUUUAAGUCUGCAGAUUAUGGGAAAUGUGUGAAAUCUAAAAUGUUGUCUGAUGUUAAAUAAAAGUCCUAUGCAAUAAGA